AUGGAUAGGAGAAUAGAAGCUAGAAGAAAAGAAUUUAAAAAGAAUUGUGAUGACACAAGAAGGAAAAGAGAAGAUUUAGUAGUUCAGAUAAGAAAACAAACAAGAGAAUGUCAAUUAGAAAGUAAAAGAGCUAUGGUAAUGGCUAAUAUAGGAUUUGAAGAGAAUAAUACAUAUAACCUUAAUUACGCAAAAGGAAAUCAAAAUGAUUCAACUAAUGAUUCCAUAUAUAACACUUCAUCAAAUAAUAGUUCAAACACAUUAGAAAUGUUAAAGAAAAUUCCCACAUUAGCUAUAGGUGUAAGAUCUAAUGAAUAUGUAACACAAUUAAAUAGUACAAGGGAAUUAAGAAAAUUAUUAUCUAUAGAAAAAGGGCCACCAAUACAAGAAGUUAUAAAUUCAGGUGUUGUUCCUUAUAUUGUAGAAUUUUUAAAAUAUGAUGAUAAAACUGAUUUACAAUUUGAAGCAGCUUGGGUUAUAACUAAUAUUGCAUCAGGAUCACAAGAACAAACUAAGGUAGUAAUUGAUAAUAAUGCUGUUCCUCAUCUUGUUAGAUUAUUAAGUAGUGAAAAAGAAGAUGUGUGUGAACAAGCUGUUUGGGCUUUAGGAAAUAUUGCAGGAGAUUCUGCUGAAUGUAGAGAAUAUGUUUUAAAUCAAAAUUCAUUACCAUUAUUAUUAAAAAUUUUACGAACUAGCCAUAAAAGAACUUUAAUCAGAAAUGCUGCAUGGACUUUAUCUAACUUAUGUAGAGGUAAACCUGCACCAAAAUUUGAAAUAGUUUCCAAGGCUUUACCAACAUUAGCUGCCUUAAUAUAUAAUGAUGAUGAAGAAAUAUUGACAGAUGCCUGCUGGACCCUUUCCUAUUUAUCAGAUGGUUCAAAUGAAAAUAUUAAUUCUGUAUUAGAUGCAGGAGUAGCAGAAAGAGUAGUAGAAUUAUUAAGUCAUUGCUCCUUCUUAGUUCAAACACCUGCAUUAAGAACUGUUGGGAAUAUUGUUACAGGAGAUGAUUUACAAACAGAUGUAGUUGUAAAAUUAGGAGCAGUUCAAAAAUUAUCUUGUUUACUUAAUUCUUCAAAAAAAAGUAUUAAAAAAGAAGCAUGUUGGGCUCUGUCCAAUAUAACUGCAGGUAAUAUUUCACAAAUACAAGCAGUUAUAGAUAAUAACGUUAUUCCACAACUUAUUAAUAUAUUAAUGAAAGAAGAUUUUGAAGUGAGAAAAGAAGCUGCAUGGGCUAUUUCCAAUGCAUCUUCAGGAGGAUCCGAAUUACAAAUUGAAUAUCUUGUAGAAUGUGGUGCUAUACAUUCUCUUUCUAAUUUACUAGAUGUUGAAGAUGCUAAUAUAAUAUCAGUUACUUUAGAGGGAUUAGAAAAUAUUUUAGAAAUGGGAGAAAAUAAAAAAUUAAGAGAUAACUUACCAGCAAAUCCAUAUGUACAUUUAUUUGAAGAAUGUGAUAGUGUUCAUAAAAUUGAUGCUCUACAAGACAGAAAAGUUGAUAAUAUUUGUAAUAAAGCAUGGAAAAUAUUAUACAAAUAUUUCCCAUUCGUUAUUAAUAAUGAAUUGAAUAAUGCACAAAUUCCAUUAAAUAACGUCUUUGCAAAUACUGAUGAUGCAGUUUUAAAUAAGGAUUUUACAUUUGAUUAA